AUGUCCUCCAUCACAAUCCAUUACAACUUUAACAAGUUUCAAGUCCAUGUGGCUGCUAAUACAAGUUUAAAGGGAUCGUUACAACAAGCUAUAACACAUUUUAAAUUACCAGCUAAUGAAUCAACGAUAAGAUGGGUUCUUAUGCAUGAUAAGAAGAAAGUUCCUUUGGAUUUACCAUUCAGGUUCUUGAACUUCCCUAAUGGUGUCAAUCUAAUUUUGACAAAGGAGGAGGUCUCUAAAAACGCUAAUGAACUUGGUGAGUUGAUUAAGAUACGAUUCCAUAUCCCUGGUUACAAUUCUGUCAUUGCUGAUGUUAGAGCUAAAGGGAAAGUCAUUGAAGUGUUGGAUCAAUUGAACUUGGGUGUUAGCUUUGAAGGCUCUAAAUUACAAAUAUUUGCUAAGAUGUAUUUAUAUGAUGAGUUGGAUGAUAAUACUACUUUGGAGGAUAUUGGUGUGGAUGAUUCAAGUUCAAUUAGAAUUACUUUGGCAUCCCAAUCAAAAAGGAAUUCCAUAAGACAAGAAGAAGAGGAGAAGAAGGUAGUAGAGAAGGUUGAUGAAGAAGGAAAGACGGAGGGUAUUCAACAACAAGAGUUAGAAAAACAAGAAGAGGAGGAUAAUAAUAAUAAUGAUGAUGAUGAUGAUGAUGAUGAUGAUGAUGAUGAUGAUGAUGAUGAUGAUGAUGAUGAUGAUGAUGAUGAAUCAGUUCAAACUCCAGAACCCAGAAGCAGCAGCAGCUUACCGCAGAUACAUAGAAUCAACGCAUAUUUACCACCCUCCACACCGAUUCUGAAUCAAAUCAAUGCAGAGGAAGAAGAUGAGGUUACAUAUGAAAUGACUUUGGAACAUGCAAGAAAGUUCCAAAACAUUCUAUCGAAACAAGCUGGCACAUCAAAUGGUCCACUAUUGACGAAACGACUAAGAGAACAACAACAGCAACAAUUACAACAGAAGAAAAUUAAAAUACGUCAAUGUUCUAUAAGGGUUAGAUUCCCUGAUAGAUCAUGUAUAGAAGUGAAUUUUAGACCUCAAGAAACUAUGCAAGAUGUUUAUACUGUUGUCUCACAGGGGUUGGAAGAUCCAAAUCAAAGUUUUACUUUAAAUUUACCCCAUCCUUUCCAAAUUCUACCUCCAAAUGAAUUGAAAUUAGUCGAUGGCUUGAAUUUUGGAUCCAAGACAUUAUUAUUGUUUGAAUCGACAACAAAUGAUCAAGGGCCGUUCUUGAAGAAUGAAAUACUGAAGAAUGCCAAGGAUUUGAGUGAAGCUGAAGAUGUUAAAAUCGAUAGAACUGGUAAAGCUGAUGAAGAUGCAAAGAAAACUAUUAAUAAGGAGAAAUCAACGGCCACCACGGAUGGAUCGACCUCUAAGAAAACCGGAAAUGGGAAAAGUCUUAAUAAAGUUCCUAAAUGGCUGAAAUUAGGUAAGAAGUAG